AUGAGCCCAAUCAAACGUGUUGGUGGUGCGGCUGAACCAGCUGCACAUGCCGUGGUUGUCGACGACCAUCACCUGGAAGAAAAGUCGGCAGCGCCUGCGGAGGCGAUUGAGAAGAUGCUAGCCAUGCUUGGAGGCCUGUCCGAAAGGAUGAACCGGAUGGAGGUCUCCCAGAGAGAGCAAGGCGACAAGAACUGGCAGGGCUCACCCGAGUCGAGUAUCGCCAGUCGGCAACAGGAGGUCGGGGCAGGGAUUAAUCUUUAG